UCUCUCUCUACUGCACACCUCACAGCAAUGCCUACAUUGCCUUCGCUGUUUGCUCUCAUUAUGUUUGCGAGAAUCUCGGGAUUUGUAGUUGCAGGCCUAGUGCUCACUUGGGCACUUGUCUUCCAGACGAGCUUUCUUCCUCUUUCUUCCUCUCAUGAAGAUUUCCUCUACGCUGUCCUACAUCCGCUGUUAAUGGUGAUCGGUUUCAUAAUCAUCAGUGGAGAAGCUAUUCUGGUGCAUCGGUCGCUUCCGGGUUCAAGAAAUUUGAAGAAAUCGGUACAUCUGAGCAUGCAAGGAGUGGCUCUGGCUUCUGGGCUCUUCGGAAUUUGGACUAAGUUUCAUCGCCAGAAUGGGAUUGUUGCCAAUUUCUACAGUCUGCAUUCCUGGAUGGGUUUGAUCACUGUCUUCCUGUUUGGAGCUCAGUGGUUGAUGGGGUUCUUGAGCUUUCGGCAAAGAGGGGAAGUUCGAAGAACAAGGCUUACAAGGGUCCUGCCAUGGCAUCAUGUGUUUCUGGGUCUUUACACUUAUGGGUUGGCCGUGGCAACAGCCGAGACAGGCCUUCUAGAGAAGCUGACUCUCUUACAAACGAAGAGGAAUGUAUUGAAACGUUCCGCCGAGUCCAUGGUGGUGAAUAGUUUAGGACUUGGGUUGGCUUUACUUAGUGGCAUUGUAAUAUUGGCUGCAUUGUCUCCUAAGCAUCAAACUCGCUCUAGAAGGCAAAUUUUGCAAAUCUUUUGA